CCUUCUCAGAGAGUUCCCCACAGCGUAUGACCUCAGCCAACUUUGUAUCCUACUCUGCUCCAGGACUAUGCCAAUCUGUGGCCAUGCUCCCGUCAGUUGGUCACCUCCUGUCCCUCCUGCUGGUGAUGGGCACAGGGGGUAUCAUGCCCAGCCCCCAGGUCCCUCCCCAGGGCUGCUACAUGGCGGAGGAAGCCGGUGAGAGGACCUUCCGCUGCAGUCAGGCAGGCCUGAGUGCUGUGCCCACUGGAAUCCCCAACGACACCCGAAAGCUCUACCUGGAUGCCAACCAGCUGGCAUCAGUGCCAGCUGGUGCCUUCCAGCACCUGCCUGUUCUGGAGGAGCUGGAUCUAUCCCAUAAUGUCCUAGCCCACCUCUCAGGGGCUGCUUUCCAGGGCCUCGCGGAUACGCUGCGCCACCUUGACCUCUCUGCCAACCAGCUGGCCUCCUUGCCGGUAGAGGCCUUCUUGGGGCUGCAGAUCCAAGUGAACCUGUCUGCCAACCCAUGGCGCUGCGACUGUGCUCUCCAGGAGGUGCUGAGCCGGGUGAGGCUGGCACCAGGCACUGGAACAGGCAUCGUGUGUGGCCCGGGAGCCCGACCAGACCUCGUGGGGCAGGAGUUCCUGACACUGGCAGGACAGGAAGAGCUGUGUGGGACGGGGCGGGGCGGGGCCCAGCGGAGCACUGAUGUGGCCCUCCUGGUCACCAUGGGGGGCUGGCUGGCACUGGUGGUGGCUUAUUUGGUCCACUAUGUGUGGCAGAAUCGGGAUGAGACCCGGCGCCCCCUCAAGCCGGCUCCCGCGCUGCCUGCGCGCUCGGAGGACUCCUCCACCCUCAGCACAGUGGUCUGA